GCUUUGUUUGUGGAUUAUUAUUGAGAAUAAGUGGUUGAAAUUGUGCAAAACCUAAACCAUACCCUUUAGGGUUGCAGAACAUUUGGGUGGUUAUAUGCCUCCUGUGUUGUGCUACAGUGCCCUUUGCUACAAAUGAAGGAGUUGUUAGCUCAGGCGUUUUCUCUAGGACAAAAUGGUACUUUAAGGAUAUGCUUUAGAUGGACUUUGUAUAUAUGCCCCCCUAAUCUAGGGAUUUACCUUCGAUUUUGCUAUGUGCUGUUUCUUGACCGUUAAGACUAUGAAGGUCUUAAAUUUAAGUUAGAGUCUCCAACCUCAAAAUGGCUUUAGUUUUCUUGAUGUUUUAUCCUAGAGCUUGGAAUACAUUUAAGUUACUGGAAUGUAAUGUUAGUUAUAGAGGCCAUUAUUUGGAACUCGAAUUUUAUGCAAGAAAAGUUUAGAUCCUCCGUAAUUCCUUGAUUUGAUUUCGCUUAAUCUUCUAAAUUCUUAAUUUAAGUUAUAUCUUUGAAAACAUUUGGCUAACCAAUUUAUUGUGAGAAUGGGAAAUUUGUCCACAUAGAUUUUUUUUUUUCUAAAGCAUUUUCCUUGGCUUAUGCUUGCAUUCUUGAAGAAUUUUGAGCUAUUCUUUCACAAGCUACCCAUUGGGUUGGAGGCCAUGAUUUAGGUCUCAAUUCGACCAGUGUGUCAAAAUUCAUGCCAUGCCAUUCCUUGUUAGCUCGUUUUAUUUUGGGUUCAUAGCAUAGUAAAGCUAAUGUUUUCGGUAGCCUUGGUAAGAAUCUCAUCUGCGUUUCUUUGGAAUGCAAAUUAAUUCUGCUUUAUUCUGGUUCUGCUCUGUCCUUCCAGCAUUCUGUUUUUGUGGAAUUUAUGGUCUCUGAUUUUGUUAUGACUUUCUCUGAUUUGGAAAUGAUCUAGAGUCUGAUUUGGGGUUCAUGAUCGUGAAAAAGGUUUGUCCCUUGAUUAGCAAAGAGCGAUUUUGUAGUGGUGGCUUCAUGAUUCCCUCCGUUGCUUUGAUUUUUCAGAAAUAUUGAUUUAUUGAUUCUGCACUGCUAUGGCCAUAUGAUGGUUGUCAUAUGAUGGGCACUAGUUGUCUUAGAUUGCGUGAAGCCAUUCACCAGUCUAAAUGAUUCUAGAUUUGAGUUUUGGGGACAAAACUCCUUUUUAGGAGGGGUGGAUGUAAUACCCCAAAAUUUAUAGAGCAUUAAAGUGAGUUAGGGACCUAAUUGUGAAGAAAUACUAUUAAUGAAC